UUUUUCAACCACAAGUUUAAACACAUAAUGAGAUCAGAAUGUACAUAUUUAUUUUUCAAACAAACGGCAUCAAGCAUCAAUAAAUAAAUGCCAAUAUAUAGCAUAAGUUUUACUCCACUUCUUUCAUUUGUUUUAAUUAAUUACUUUAUAUCCAUUGUGGAAUCUUUAUGGGUUCCACCCGAUUAUUGGGCUACAGUCUACAGGAAUGGCCAACUUGAAUUUGGAAGAUCAGUCGAUGAACUUAUUACUUUUCUUCCAGAAUUAAACAGCUAUAUUGGCUAUUGGUUGAGAGUUUUGUUUAUUAUAACUAGUUGCUUAUUAAGGAUUGAAUCGAGACUUUGUUUAAAAAUCUCGGUUAUAAUAAUUUUUUUAGAUAUGUUUAAGAAGUCUUUUCUCUCUAUAAAAUCAUUCUUUUGUAGGAUUGAAGACAAUCCAAAUACAAAACAAAGAAUAGAGGGUUAUGGUCAUGUUUCUAUUGUCAACACAGACCCUCCUCGUUUUUGUGGAAAUUUCGCUUCGUUUAAUACAAAUGAAAGUAAAAAUAUUUGUGGAGGAUUUCGUGUUUUGGCUUGCAAAAAAUCAAACAAUCGGAAGAAAAAUCCAUUGAAUGAUGAUAAUUGGAUAUAUGGAAGUUCAAAACUUUCUGAGAAAGUGGCUAUUGCCGUUAAUCCAAAUAAUGGGAAAUUAAUUAGGUUUUCCUUCGCUGAUAAACCGUUGGAAUAUAGGGAAAAUGUAAAAAUUUUAGAAUGUUCUAACGAUUUUCCAGUAGAAGAUAUACUUUCAACAAGCUGGCCUUAUCCAACAUUUCCACCAAUUUAUGGAGGGAAAAAGAAUAAUUUAAUUGAUAUUAAAAGAUUUCCACCAAAAACAACAACCUUUCCAGCACCAACAACAAUCCUCUUAACCAAACAAGUAACGACAACGUUAAUACCUCCUGUAGUAGAGCAAACUACAACAACAACAAUACCAACAACUAUAAAGCCUCAACAACUUUCAAAUAAAGGAGAAAUACAAGAGACAGAUUAUAUUGAAUUAACUGGUGCUGGUAUAAAUUGGGGUUUAGAUAAAGAAUUUGUAAAAAGGGAAGAAGGAAAUGAAAAUUUAUUUAACAAUUCAAUUACAAAUAAAUUGUGGAGGGAGGAUUCAAAUAUUUUAACAACAAACCAUCAAUAUCAUCAACAUCGUCGUAAAAGAUUUAAAAUGAAAAGACGACAGGAAUAUUAA